ACGGCAGCACAACAAGAAUACUAUUAUCCCUCGUGGGAUGGAAGGGAUGAAACAGCACAAGAAACACACGAUUUGAUUGUAACAGCAGCACCACAUGCGCUUUUAAGAUUGAAUCAGUUCAAUUAACGUAAUGAUUUUUCCCUCUGAGAAGUUAACAUUAAACAAGAUCAAUUGAUUAUCUGUUGAAUAACAUCUUCCAUGUCGGUGUCAAUACAGGAUGGUAGGUCUGUUUUGGCAAUGAAUAUGGAGGAUAUAUUACUCAAUGGGUAGUUGGUUGAUUUUGCUAUGUUGCUUUUCAUAGAAUAUAAUGAAUGGUGAUGGUAAAUUUUAAUUUUAUAUUGAUUAGUUUUUGGAUCAUUGGUUUUUUGGGAAUUAUAUUCUUAUUAAAAUUAAAUAAACAUAUAAUUAUUUCACUCUUUAUAUUUAUAUUUAUUUGCCUUUUUAUUUUAAUUUUAUUGAAAUGUAAUUUGUUCUAAUAUAAAAAU